AUGGCAGGGGAAAUAGUCUACGCCGAUCUGAACCUCCCCUCUGGCUUUCCCGGCUCCAGGACGCCCCUUUCAGCUCAGCCCCUCGGUCCCCCGAUUCCCCAGUGGCAUCGGACAGCGCUGUGGGUCGGAUGGAUUGGGAAUAUUGUCCUGGUGAUUGCUGUGAUAGCGCUCGGGAUUUGGGUUUCCCACUUGGUGUCUGAGAAAGGACAGACCCCGGCAGCCCCUGGGAGCGACGGAGCUGGGAGCAGAGACACAGCGACACCCCCUGGGAGCGACGGAGCCGGGAGCAGAGACCCCAGCACAGCAGAAUGCAGCGCCCGCCUGGAGCGUGUCCGAUCCCAGCUGUGCCCCUCGGCCCCGCCUGGCCCAGCAGGGGGCUCCGGGUGCAAACUCUGCCCCAUGGACUGGCAGCUGCGCGGGGACAAGUGCUACUGGGUCUCCAGAGGAAGUAAAACGUGGAGCGAGAGCCGCACCAACUGCUCAGUGAGGGGCUCCCAGCUGCUGGUGAUCCGGGACCGGGAGGAGCUGGAGUCCCUACAGGACCUGACACGAGGCAUUUCUGAGUUCUGGGUCGGACUGUCCGUCCCCUCCCCGGAGAAGGCCUGGACCUGGCUGGACGGCUCCCGGCUGGAUCAGACCCAGUUCCCGGUGUCAGGCCCGACUGAGGGGAACAGCUGUGGGGCGGUGAAGGGGAAUCGGAUUCGUUCGCAAAGCUGCAGCUCUGCAUUUCAGUGGAUUUGCCAGAGAGACGCCGUCCCACUCUGAACAGGAUACGGGGGAGACCUCAGCGCGCGUCACCGUUAGCCCCAUGUCACACGUGGGGAAACCGAGCCACAGACACUGACC